UUCCUGAACUUCGCACCUGACGCGUUAAGUAUCUAGAAUGUAGGUCUGUGUAUAAGACAUGCCUCGAAAGCGCGUUAAAUUGGGUCGCAAAUCAAAACAAGGAAAGGGAGACAAAUCCAAAAUCGUCGACAUCGAUGAAGACCAACAAACUAAGAAAAUAAAUAAGACUCCGGGCGAGACGCACCUGUUGGACUUGCCGACGUGUGUGAAAAAAAGGAAAAAGUCUGCCAAACAAGUCCACGUCGCUUUUCUUCCAGAGAAAUACGAGCCACUGGUUGAGGAUGAAAUUACUGACAGACCACGAGAAGCCAAUGUCAAGAAAAGACAAGACAAAUAUAAAAAAUUCAGAAAAAAUGUGGGGAAAGCGCUUCGCUACAGCUGGAAGUGUCUGGUGGUUGGAUUGCAGAAUGUCAGUUUGGGUUAUUCAAUGCCAGUGAGUGCAAUUGUGCCUGAAAUAUACAGAGCAAGAUCUCAUCCUUAAUAGGGCACCUGAUGUUAAACUGUACUCAGAAGUGGAACUAUGAAUAUUUCUCACUGUUAUCAAAUGAAUAGGAGCACACCGAACACUGGGAAAGUCAAGUUUUGGAUCAACCUCAAGUUUUAUUUCAAUGUAUUUUGUUUACUGUAGCUAUAUUCGUUAUACACCUGCCUUCAUCAAAGAGCAGCAACAUGAACACGAAAGAGACUAAUUUAUGAAUCAAAAAUAUUAUUGGGGCCUAUUGUGAUUUUCAAAUUGAAAUAAUAGGUUGCUGAUGAGAUCAGUUUUAAGCCUGCAGGUUUACGAGGGACAUAGAGAUGUUCUUAAGUUGAUUAUUUGUGAAAUGAUGGCUGAAGUAAGUAGAAUUGUUGUGCUUUGUGCAUUAGAAAACUGUUUUUUCUUCAAGGAGACAUAAGGACGGGAAUGAAUGUAGACUGUGAUGUUUUGUAAUUAUUUCAAAACAUGUUGCACAUUUGAGCAUAUCCUUUAGUAUAUUUUGCUGUGAUUUUAUUAAUAAGUCUGGUUAGUAUAAUUUUACUAAGCAUAAUUUAUUUAGCUUAUAUAUAAAUUAAUUAUAUUAAUUAAUAUUAAUGUUAUUUAAACACUGAACUUUGCCUUGUCCACCGUAAGGUGGCAGUAUUGUGUAGGACAAAUUCUUAUCCAGCAAUCACAUUUUUUAGAAUGUCCAAAAUUUCAAUGAGUGUUCCAGACACGUCUCAUAGUUCAAAGGUAAAUUGUCUGUCAUCUUACCAAGUUGAUAGUAUGACAUUGAUAUGAAUUCUUCUGUGCUUAAGUAUUGUUUCUCAAUAACAUCCUGCCAAAUAACCUAAUAAAUAAUUAAAUGAAUGGCGCAA